GAUCCCACCAACCAACCCAAUCAUUGUACCAAUCCGUGGGAAACGCAACAAAUAGCAAUGGCCCACCGAACCCCCCCGAGCUUCCUGUGGGCGCCAAACACCCACCACCGCCUCCUCCUCAUACCAGGAAACGCCUUCCACCAGCAAUCACUCAAGCUCAGCACGACAAAACCCGCCCUGGCCCGAGUACCCCCGGGGGAAAAGAUCUCCGCAUCCUCCCCGUCAAAGGGGGGACCACGCACCCGCGCGAAGUACCAGUACCGCUCACCACGGUACUACCGCGGUCGCUUGGCCCCGAACAUGCCGCCACCGUCGGCCUCUCCCUCGUCCAGGUUAUUCGUACCAGGGCCUUUCGCCGCAGAACGACUCGAAGACCACUACUGGAACACCAUAGCCCCCGACUUACAAGUCCUCUCGUACGUGCACAAACAGAACCCGACUUUCAACAUAGAAAAGGACUACCGACAGCUCACGGCAUUGCGUCUCCCGCCGAAGCCCACCCGUCAACAACUCCCCGCGCUGCGCACCUUUCGGAAUAUUCCGCGGUUGAUGGGAAUCACCGUGCACUCUAUGGUCCGCGGGGCACUGAAGGAUUCCGCCUACUUGCAUGCGGCUGGAAUGGUUGUGCAGAGCAUCACGGGCGUUAGGGCGACCGUGCACAAGAGUAGGGAGAACAUCUCUAUGUGGGAAUUGCGUGCCGGGAAGUGGAUUUCCGUCACCGCGCAGGUCAAGGGGAGGAGCGCGUAUAGGUUUCUCGCCCAGUUGAUUGAUGUCGUGUUGCCCAGGACUAAGGAUUGGAAGGGGGUUGCUGGGGGUUCGGGGGAUUCGAGUGGGAAUAUUACGUUUGGGAUGUCGCCGGAGGCCGUGUCGAUGUUUCCUGAGAUUGAAGUGAAUUACGAUAUGUACCCCCCAAGAAUGGUACCCGGAUUGAAUAUUACUAUACAUACUUCGGCCGGAAACGACGUCGAUGCUAAGAUUUUACUCAAAGCAAUGGGUUUGCCAUUUGAUGGGAAUUUCCGAUAA